AUGGGCGAAAUUAGACAGGUGGUUAUGGAAUACUGUAUACUCCCACUCAGCUCCAAGGAAGUGCACCAAACUGCACCCCUGGUGCGAGCUGUUUGUAUCUGUGGUCUUCCACGACAUGGGAAGAGCGUUCUGGCGAACGCAGUAUGCUCUGAGACUGGAGCAUUGUUAUUCGACAUGACACCAUCUGUACUGGUAGAUAAGUACAUAGGACGAAAAAACGAGCGCAAAUUAAUCACGAUGAUCUCAAAAGUGGCCCGAGAAUACGCUCCUUCGAUAAUCUUCAUCGACAACGGUGAAAAACCAUGGCUGAAGAAGAUACCGCCUGAAGAGAGGAAAUUACAGCCGAGACGUUUCGCAAAGUACUAUCCAAAGUUGGUGAAAAGCAUCAAACGUGGUGACCAGAUCCUAUUUCUCACGACCUCCUCGGAGCCAUAUAAAGCAAGAAGACCCUUCGUCAAGAUCCACGACAAGUUUAUAAUGAUUCCUCUCACGGACUACAACACGCUUUACAUGUUUUACAAAGAUCUGCUGAUGAAGUACCACGAAGUGGAUCGCAAUAUCGACGUAUCUUGUUUGGCGAAGAUGUCCGUGGGCAUUCCAUUGGAGUUCAUAAGAAACGCCGUCGAGAAUGUCCUAAAUCUUCGGCGGAGGAUCACCCUGAAGUUUAACCCGUUGAAACAGCAAGAGAUUAUGGAGGAAGUGUUCAAGUACGAGCCUCCUCGAGCGAAGACGUUGAAGCAGUUCGUGAAUUUUGAAAAUAAAACUCCGCUUGGUAAAAAGAGGUUGAAGAUACUGGCAAAAGAGAAGCAAGAACACGAACUCCGCGAGAAAAUGAAAAAAACGCAUAAAUGA